AAAGCAUUAUGUUGGCAUUACUGUAAAUUUGACAACUUAAAUUAACACAAACGGUCGCGCGAAAAAUAUUUCCAUUCAGAUAUAUAAAUAAUAAAGAAUUGCGUUUAAAAAAAAGAAUCUCAAUGAGUGUAACAUCGAUAGAAACCACAGCCCCUAGGGAGGUGUCUGAAGACGAUGAGGGAUUUGAUAUGUGUGGUCCCCUACUCCUUACUAGUUUAGAGGGAAAUGGAAUUACAGCGGGGGAUAUCAAAAAAUUAAAAGAAGCUGGCUAUCAUACUGUUGAAUCAAUUGCAUAUACCCCCAAAAAGAAUUUGUUAACAAUUAAAGGAAUCUCAGACGGUAAAGCGGAUAAAAUAAUUGCUGAAGCCGCUAAAUUGGUUCCUAUGGGAUUCACUACAGCUACUAGUAUUCAUCAAAAACGAUCAGAACUUAUUCAAAUAACCACAGGGUCAAAGGAAUUAGACCGGUUAUUAGGUGGUGGUAUUGAAACUGGUUCUAUUACAGAACUUUUUGGUGAAUUUCGUACUGGAAAAACACAAAUUUGCCAUACAUUGGCUGUUACUUGUCAGCUGCCUACAGAACAUAAUGGUGGUGAUGCUAAAUGUUUAUAUAUUGAUACAGAAGGAACAUUCCGCCCUGAACGUUUGUUAACAAUUGCUGAAAGAUAUAAAAUGUCCAAAGAAGAAGUUUUAAAUAACGUCGCGUAUGCUAGAGCUUUCAAUACUGAUCAUCAAACUCAAUUGUUAAUACAAGCUUCUGCUAUGAUGACAGAAUCAAGAUACUGCUUAUUAGUCGUAGACAGUGCUACAGCUUUAUAUAGGACAGAUUAUUCUGGCAGAGGUGAAUUAUCAGCCCGACAAAUGCAUUUAGCAAGAUUUUUAAGAAUGUUAUUACGUUUAGCAGAUGAGUUUGGUGUAGCGGUUGUGCUUACCAAUCAAGUUGUUGCUCAAGUUGAUGGAGGAAAUGCUAUGUUUAAUGCAGAUCCAAAAAAACCUAUUGGAGGUAAUAUUAUGGCUCAUGCUUCCACAACAAGGUUAUAUUUAAGGAAAGGAAGAGGAGAAACGCGUGUUUGUAAAAUAUACGACUCCCCUUGUUUACCAGAAAGUGAAGCUAUGUUUGCUAUCACUGCUGAUGGUAUCAAUGAUGCCCAAGAGUAAAUUGUUUGUUCUUUAAUUAUCCUAUGAUUUUUUUAAAUUUAAGUGAAAAUGUAUUUUUUUGUAAGUUUUGUAUAAAAAUGUUAAGAGUU